GCGAGCAAGCAAAGAGAGAGAGAGGGCGAGGAGAAAUAGAAGAGAGAGCGAGAGGGGCUGCCUGGUUCCCUGCACGGGCUCUGUUGUGGGAAAUUGUGCUUUUAAACAGCCUUACGCCGAUAUGCAUUCUUCAGUUUCUGGUGCAUUACACGCGCAACAAGAAACCAACACGCACUCGGUUAACGUCAUUAAUAACGCAGUGUGAGAUGGACGAGUCGUCUCUGUUGGAUCUAUUGGAGUGUUCAGUGUGUUUGGAGCGGCUGGACACUACAGCUAAAGUCCUGCCUUGCCAACACACCUUCUGUCGCCGCUGCUUGGAGAACAUAGUCAGCUCCAGGAACGAACUGAGAUGCCCAGAAUGUCGCAUCCUAGUCGGCUGUGAGGUGGAUGAUCUUCCCGCGAAUAUCUUGCUGGUCCGUCUGCUGGACGGGAUCAAACAGCGGCCACGGAAUGGAGGCAGUACCAGGCAGUCCCUGGUGGGAGGCGGGCGGUCUCAGGGCUGUGCAGCCGGGAUCAGCGCCUCUCCCCCGGGCAGUGGGAUCAGGGACCUGCCGGUGGCCAUACGAAGCCCCCCGGUCAAGAGUUUACCUAAUCUAACCCUAACCCUGCCCUGUGGAAAGGCUCUCUAUUCCUACGAGGGGAAGGAACCUGGAGACCUGCAGUUUGCAAAAGGGGACAUCAUCAUCCUGCGACGUAAAGUUGACGACAACUGGUACCAUGGGGAGCUGAACAGUUGUCAUGGUUUCCUGCCAGCUAGUUACAUCGCGUUGUUACGGCCGCUGAGCCAAACUCCGCCCACAGGAAAGGCCUUGUACGACUUUGAAGUCAAAGACAAAGAUCAGGACAAAGACUGUCUGGCCUUCUCGAAGGAUGAGGUUCUGACGGUGAUCAGACGAGUGGAUGACAACUGGGCAGAGGGCAUGCUGGGAGAUAAGAUCGGGAUCUUCCCCAUCCUCUAUGUAGAGCUAAAUGAAACAGCCAAACAGUUGAUGGAGAUUGACAAGCCGACAUCCAAUCCCGUCCCUGGCCCCAGCUUUGACCCGUCUCCCGGUCUCCCAUUGGGUCCCUGCUCCCUUGGCCCCUCCCCUGACCCAUCCUCUGCAGGAAGUGGCAAUGGUGCCCUCCAGAGGCAAGAGGAGGAGAAAAGAGGGGGAGAGGGGAAGAAAAACGCUAAGAAGCGCCACUCGUUCACAGCUCUGAGUGUGACGCAGCGGACAGCCCAGCUCAACAACAGACACAGCAUGGAGAUCUCCCACCCUGUCCUCAUCAGCUCCUCUGACCCCAGGGCUGCUGCACGGAUACAGGACUCUCCCCCCGGUCCCGCUCCCUCCUCAGUCGGAGUUCUGGUUCCUCCCAGAAUGGCUUCAGUCACCUCAGAACUGCUGGCUCAAGCCAAGGUCCAACUACCACUCAACAUCUAUCUGGCCCUGUAUGCGUAUAAGUCCCAGAAGGCAGAUGAGUUGGAGCUGAGGAAAGGAGAGAUGUACCGUGUCACAGAGAAGUGUCAGGACGGCUGGUUUAAAGGGACCUCUCUACGGACCGCUGCUUCCGGAGUCUUCCCUGGAAACUAUGUCACACCCGUGUCACGAGCUCCGUUUGCGGUGGGUGGUUCUCAGAGCUCCUGUCUCUCAGGGCAGGAGGUGGGAGGGGUGGGACAGGGGAGUAAGGCGGCCUCCCCCUCCUCCGCCGGCCCCUCCUCCUCUCGUCCCUCCCCUCCCCCCUCUUCCCCCCAGUCUGCCGCUGCUCAGCUUAAGAACUGCCUUCGCUUUGGACAACAAACAGUUAACCAGACCCGCUCUGCCAUGCAACUGGUCCCGCCCUCCAGCAGCCCAGAGCGUCACACACCCACCGUCUCUCCUCUCCGACCUCAGAAAUCUUCCCCGUCGCGCUCCGCUGGUCAAUCUGCUCGCCCAAUAUCCAUGGUGUCCCCCGGCCCUUCCCCCCUCUCCUCCCCUGCUUCACGCCCUCUCUCCUGCCUCUCUUCGCCCCUCAUCCCACUUUCCUCCCCUCUCUCCUGCCUCACCCCUCCCAACGCCAGUGCUGCCCUGCUCAACGGAGAAUCAACCAAUCCCUUCCAACCGUCCUCGCCUGGCCCCUCCCACAGCAACGCCUCAAAACCAGAGAAGAAGGAGAAAAAAGGAGGUCUGCUAAAGCUUCUCUCUGGAGCCGCGGCCAAGAAAAAGGCAUCUCAUUCUCCCCCGUCCUCCCCACCAACCCUCCCCCUGUCGGGUGCCGUCCUCCCACAUCACACCCGCUCUGGCUCCUGUCCAAUGGAUGCCCAUGGGCGUGCCGGGUCUUGUCCAAUCGAGAGUGAGAUGGCGGGGGCAAUAGGGUUAGAGCUGCUGAACAGGAAGUCAGGAUCCCUCGAUCUCAACUUCCCCCGGUCGCCCCCGAUGAACCGCCCCGGGAACGCACUGCUAGCUCUCCGGCCUGAACCCAAACCACUGUCCAGAGAGAGGUAUCGUGUGGUGGUGCCUUACCCCCCUCAGAGCGAGGCGGAGAUCGAGCUGAGACAGGGAGACGUAGUGUUUGUUCAUAAGAAGAGAGAAGAUGGCUGGUACAAAGGAACUCUGCAGAGGACUGGACGUACUGGCCUCUUCCCUGGCAGCUUCGUAGAGAUCUUCUGAACAGGACCGCUACACACACACACACACACACACACACACACACACACACACACACACACACACACACACACACACACACACACACACACACACACACACACACACACACACACACACACACACACACACACACACACACACACACACACACACACACACACACACACACACACACACGCAGGGAUGGGCAAAAAUGACAAAAUACAAUUACAAAAGAUCAAUGUAUCAAAAUGAACUACAAAAUACUUGUAUUUUAUAAUAAUUUGGGGGGCACCUACAUGUGUCCUAUUACACAGAAGUGUGUAAUGGAAAUGUUUUUGAGGGGCAUAUCCCAACUCCCCCGAGACACCCGUAGGGGUCACGGCCAGGGUCGCCAUUGUACAGCUCCCCUCGAGCAAUUAGGGUUAAGUGACUUGCUGUAGGGCACAGCGACUGAUUUCUUUCACCUUGUCGCCUCCAGUAUUCAAACCAGCAACCUUUUGAACACUGGCCUAAUGCUCUAACCUCGAGGCUACCUGCCGCCCUAAAUAUAUUUCAUUAAAAUACAUGUAUUUUGUAUAUUAAAAUACAUAAAUACAUUUGCAAACUCAGUGACGGAUACAGAAACUUUUAAUUUGCUAAGACUGAUGUUGUUUAUCUACCUUAGCUGAAUGUACUGACUGUAAGUCACUCUGGAUAAGUGACUGCUAAAUGACUCAAAUGCUGUAUAUAUGUGAAAAUGAACACACCAAAACGAACUGCAAAGCACACUAGGUAUUAUUAUUGGCCUUGUUUCAGGGUCAUGUCUAGAUGGGAUAUAUCUUAACCUAAUUCUCUUAACCUUCUACGUUAAUUCUAUUAAACCUGCUAUGAAAAGUACAUUUUGACAAAACCUGUAUCCUUUCUAGACUUAACCUUGUUUCAUGGCGGAGCUCAUUAGAAUAAUCCUUGUCCAUUAUUACAUACACGUUUAUAUUUAGUUCGUUUAGCAGACACUCUUAUGACACCAUAGUGCCAUCAGUCUUCUGAUACCAAUGCAGGGUGAAAGGGGGAUGGUGAACCGCUAUAAACAAAUGGUAUAGAAAAGUAUUUUGUAUUUUGAAAAUACAAAUUACAGCUCUCGAAAGUAUCUUAUUACAAAAGACUGUACAUUGGUGUGUAGUCCAGCCCAGUGUAAUACAAUUUACAAAAUACUCAGAAGUAAUUUAAAUACAUAUUUCAAAUACACAGAAAUACUGCCCAUCUCUGCACACACGGCUACUCUAGCUCCAACCAGGCUCAUAUGAGCGGGGGCCUUUAUCCACACAGGACAGCUAUGGCAGGGGUCCUUCAUCAACCUCAUCAAUGACUAGUGAUGUUGACAUCAUCAGGAGGCGCCAAGAACUAUUGAAGGCACAACAAGCGGCACACUGUAUUUUUCUAUUGCUUCAGUGUGUAUUUGUUUUAAACAUCAGUGUCCGUAUGAAUGUAUGGUAUGGCUAGAGACAUGCCGUACUGGUUACAGAAGCACCUAAAGACCUUGGCUAACCUGAUACAUGUUCUUUCUGGUUGGUGUGUGUGUAUGCGUGUCUGUAUUAAUGUGUGCGAGUAAGAGAGACCAGUAGUUGGUAAUACCAGUCAUGUAGAAACUCAACAUUGGGAAAGAAAGCACAUCAACAGUCCCAAAUGUUCUUAAUUUUAACAUACCCCACUUCUGGCAAGCUACUUCAAACCGCCUCUUUCAUUGGCUAAGCACACAACAGUACUCCUCUUUCAUUGGUUAAGCACACAACGGUGGUCCUCUCUAAUUGGCUAAGUACACAGUUCCUCUCUCAUUUACUAAGCACACAACAACUGUACCCCAACAGAAGUAGGUCUACAGGUCAGGAAGACAGAGUGAAGCACACAGAGUUGGGAAGGCCAGAACGAGUCGGUUACAACACAUACAGAUGGGAUCAGGCUACAUUCAUACAGCACACUCAGUCUCAGCCUAAAGUGUGUGUGUGUGUGUGUGUGUGUGUGUGUGUGUGUGUGUGUGUGUGUGUGUGUGUGUGUGUGUGUGUGUGUGUGUGUGUGUGUGUGUGUGUGUGUGUGUGUGUGUGUGUGUGUGUGUGUGUGUGUGUGUGUGUGUGUGUGUGUGUGUGUGUGUGUGAGAGAGAGAUAUAGAGACCAUCUGUCUCUGAUGGAGUAGCAGAUGCAGGGGAGUCUGGGUAAUCCCUGAGUUGGGUAACAGACAGAUGAGAACACCCUGAAAUUCAGAUGAGAUUAGAACCUUUCCAUCAGGCCGCGACACACACAACCACACAGACACACAUACACACACAACCACACACACAGUUAUUGAUGUGAAAGGAGUGGAUGGGUCCCAGUCUUUCCGCUCCUCCUCCUCAGAGAGAGUGUAUCAGUUAAACAUGUUGAUGUUGUUGCUGUGGAUAAGCUCUUCGGUCUGGGCCAGAAACAACCCUUAGCUCCAGAUGAGCCAGCUGUAUCCCUGAACCCAAAAGGCCAGUCUGUUUGUCUGUUUCUACUGUCUGUCUGUGGAGCUAAUGCACAAGUCCUCCAUGUUGGAGAUAGAGCACUUCCACAUGACCCAGACACCACACAGUGUCCAUCUUGCUAUUCCUGCUCCCCAGUUCCCAUGAAUUAGUGUGUUCAGGUGGACUGUGUUUCUGGUUUGCCUGGACUGUCUGGUGUGAGUACUGUACCACUGACAAGACUUUACAGACUUUACAAGGGGGUUGUUACGCAUGGAAUCUCAUGCUGUCUAACUAUGAGAGAUGUUUUACAUUACUGUAACAGAAAAUAAGAGAUAUAAAUAUAUAUAUUGUGCAGAUUAUUUAUAUUUCGUGGGUGCCAGUCGCCCUGCACUCGAGACCAGCGUUCUACCAUGUGAUCAUUAAACAUUCUCUCGUAUUGAUGACCUCGUGGUUUGGUUGGUUUUUCAUGUCAAGUGCAUUUUCCCAAUAAAUGCCUUUGU